CAGCCCUGGCCGUGACCUAUCUGCCGCUCAACUGCUCCCUCGGCAUCACCUACGACCAGGCCCCGCCUGUCCACAACCCGACCAUCGCCCAGAGCCUCCAGAACAUCGCCACAGAGCCCACCGACUCGUUCUCGAUCCAUUUUCUGUUCCCGCAUGGGCAGAAGCGCAGCGACUCGUUUUCCUAUGUGGCUCUGUCGAUGAAGAGCUCCGACAAGGCGCACACCCAGGAAACCUUCCAGACCCUCAAGCGCCUCAUCGUCGACGAAAGGAUCCUUCGAGACCCCAGACCCAUCUUUGUUCUGAUCAACCCGUUCGGAGGAACAAAGAGUGCUCUUACUGUUUGGAAUGCUCGCUGCCAGCCCAUCUUUCAGCUCGCCGGCGUGCCUUACGAAGUCCAAACGACCACGGCCAAGGGAAGCGCCACCACCAGCGCCCGAACGAUCGACUAUACAAAGUACCGCGCCAUGGUGACUGUGAGCGGCGAUGGCCUCUUCCAUGAGGUCGUGGAGGGCCUAUUUGAUCGCCCCGACUGGCAGGAGGUUGCCACCAAGCUGCCCCUGGGCUACAUUGGAGCCGGCACCUCUAAUGGGAUGAGCUCCAACAUCGGUGCCCACAGCCCCGAGAUCCAGUCCCUCAAUAUCAUCCAGAACAGCAUCCGAAGCCUCGACAUCAUCUCGUACACCCAAAACAACAAAACCCGCUACAGUCAUCUGGAGCUGCUCUUUGGUCUACUUGCAGACCUGGAUAUUGAGUCGGAGCAGUAUCGCUGGAUGGGCAUCCUCCGCAACUAUGUCGGCGCCAUCGUGCGACUGCUGUACCUCCGCAGCACCGGAUGCAAGCUCUGGCUGCUGUCCCCCGACGGCGACAAGAGGACCUCCAACAUCCCGCCUGUUCCAUCCUCGGUGCUCUCGGAUCACAGCCAGCACGGGCCCCGGGUCACGAUUGAAGCCACGACCGUCUGGACAGAGUACAUUGACGAAGACAUCACCAACGUCUCCGCCGUCAACUAUCCCUUCAUUGCCUGCGACUUCAUGGCCGGUCCGCGUGCCAAGCUCAGCGACGGACUUUUGGAUGUCAAUAUCUGCCACAGCCGCAACAAGAGCGCCUAUCUCUCGGCCCUGCUCGAGGGCGAGAGCGGCAAGUAUCUCCAUCAGAAGGAGUUUAUCUCGCGCAAAUGCAGCGCAAUUGUGCUGGAGCCUGGGGAACGCCGCCGAUGGAAGUCAAACGAUGGUCGCAGGGGUAUCGUCGAUGUCAGCGGCGAAGAAGUCGACCUGGCGCCAAUCCUGAUCCAGGUGCACCAGGGCCUUGCUCGUCUCUGCGUCCCAGCUUGGUACGACGAGAGCAUGAUCGAACAGGCCUGGAAGAACUGAGUGCCAGAAGGGGCUGGUAUCCUGUUUUGUUCCUGGGUUGUAGCCAGCGUCGGCUGGACUGAUACUUUAGCCGCAUCAGCGACCAUCGAAUUUCAGUUGCGCUCAUUGCUUGUAACGCUUCUUGGUAUUGCGAUUCAAGAUACCUGUUGUGACACCGCCAACGCUGCCGUUUCACAACGUGAGCAGAAUAAAUCGAUGCCUGCUCUGAAGCAUGGAUUACCUCCUGCCUUGCAUGAUAGCCAGCUGUCCAUUUGUUCACGGAUUCUAUAA